AUGCAGGGCCUCCACGGAGCAGCUGAGCCCCUCUUCAGGACCUGGUGGAGGUUCUGGCACUUGGGGCUCUGCAGGGCCCUUGCCCCACUGCAAGCUGCCUGGGAUGACUUCUCCCAGCCUGUCCCCGCCAGCUGUGGCCAGCUGCUGACCCAGCUCCUCCUGUGUGCUUCUCUGGCUGCUGCUGCCACGGGUCUGACCCAUCACUGGCUGAUGUCCUCGCUGCUUUUUCCUCCGGGACCUUCAGCCAUGGUGGCCACUGUCUGUGGCCUCCUGGUCUUCCUGGGCCUGGGCCUGGUGCCCCCAGUCCGCUGCCUGUUUGUGCUCAGCGUGCCCACCCUGGGCACAGAGCAGGGCCGCCGGCUGCUCCUGUCCUAUAGUGCUGCCACCCUGGCCAUUGCUGUGGUGCCAAACAUCCUGGCCAACGUGGGUGCAGCUGGGCAGGUGCUGAGGUGCGUCACAGAGGGAUCCCUGGAGAGUCUGCUCAAUACCACUCACCAACUGCAUGCGGCGUCCGAGGCUCUGGGCCCCACAGGCCAAGCGGGCAGCCGGCGCCUGACCUUCGAGACCCUGGGCAAUGGCUCUGCCUUCCGGCUGCACAUGCUUGGGGUCACUCAGCAGAUCCUGGAGGAUUUCUCUGGCCUGGAGUCUCUGGCCCGGGCAGCAGCACUGGGGAUGCAGCGGGUGGUCACAGGGCUCUUUAUGCUGGGCCUCCUGGCGGAGUCGGCCUGGUACCUCCAUCGCUACCUGACUGACCUGGGGUUUGACAACAUCUACGCUACACAGCAGCUGGCACAGCGGCUGGCACAGGCCCAGGCCACACACCUGGUGGCUUGUCCGCCUGCGUGGCUGCUCCAGGCGGCCCGGUUGAGGCUGUCACAGGAGGAGCUGCUGAGCUGUCUCCUAAGGCUGGGGCUGCUCACCCUGCUCCUGGUAGCAAUGGCUGUGACGGUGGCCACAGACCACGUGGCCUUCCUCCUGGCACAGGCGGCUGUCGACUGGGCUCAGAAGUUGCCCACUGUGCCCAUCACGCUCACGGUCAAGUAUGAUGCUGCAUACACCGUCCUGGGCUUCAUCCCCUUCCUCUUCAACCAGCCGCCCCCGCAGAGCCCCUUCCUGUCCGCCCAGCGCUCCUUCCAGUGGGAGCUGCGGCUCACCGCGGCCGGCUGCCGGCUGCUGCCCGCCCGGCGCCCCGGCGCCGCCGCGCCCCUGACCGCCGGGGCCCUGCAGCUCCUGGCGUGCGCCACGGUGCUACUGGACACCUACGCCCGCCGCCUGCGACACGCCAUCGCCGCCUCCUUCUUCGCCGCCCAGGAGGCAAGGAGGGUCCGCCACCUGCACGCCCGGCUCCAGAGAAGCUACGACAGGCACUGAGGCCAGCAGCUGCCGCUGGGGGCUCCUUCCCGCUCCUUACACCCGCGACCCGC